AUGGAGCCUGGCCUCAUGGACUUGACUGGCGAGGUCGGGCGCCUUGCAAUUCGCAAAGCCGGUGCUGGGCGUGAGGCCGUCGGAGAUGUGGAGAAGUGCCUGGCGUGCGUGGACGGCGUGUGCCAGGGUGUUCAGGACCUCGUCUACCUGCCGGGCGGCGUGGGAAAGAAGAUGGGGGCCGUGCGGUCCACGCUCUUGAAGAUCGAGGGCGUCUUGUACGAGCUGGCGCUACUGUCUCAUGCCGGGAUUCGUGCCAAGGCACCGGAGCCGGUGCAGCGGGAGGAUGCCGCGGAUGCAGACGACUCUACCGGCUUUUAG